GGGAAGAUGGAGGCAGAUUGUGGGGUGUCUGCUCAGCUGUUGAAGGAGUUCCUGUCCAUCACAGGAGCCAGUGAAAGUGUGGGCAAGCAUAUGUUAGAAGCAUGCAAUCACAAUCUAGAAAUGGCUGUCACUAUGUUCUUGGAUGGAGGUGGUGUUGUGGAGGAGCCAAGCACAAGUUCUGCAGGGGCAUCCAGUGCCCGACCGCCUGCUGAAGAUGAUGUGCGUGCACCAAUUCCACAGAAACAAGAAAUCCUUGUGGAGCCCGAAAUAUUUGGCGCUCCUAAAAGGCGAAGACCAGCACGUUCAAUAUUUGACGGCUUCCGGGAUUUCCAGACUGAGACCAUUCGGCAGGAGCAGGAGCUGCGGAAUGGAGGAGUGGUGGAUAAAAAGUUAACUACAUUGGCUGACCUUUUCCGACCGCCUAUAGAUCUUAUGCAUAAAGGCAGUUUUGAGACGGCUAAGGAAUGUGGACAGCUAAAGAACAAAUGGCUCAUGAUUAACAUACAGAAUGUGCAGGACUUUGCCUGCCAGUGCCUGAAUCGGGAUAUAUGGAGUAAUGACUCUGUAAAGUCUAUAAUACGUGAACAUUUCAUCUUCUGGCAGGUAUAUCAUGACAGUGAAGAAGGACAGAGGUACAUUCAGUUCUACAAGUUAUCUGAGUUCCCAUAUGUUUCCAUUCUGGACCCUCGCACAGGUCAGAAGAUGGUUGAGUGGCACAAAUUAGAUGUGAGUUCCUUCUUGGAGCAAGUUACUGGAUUCUUAGGGGAACAUGGCCAGCUUGAUGGUCUCUCCAGCAGUCCACCUAAGAAGCGACCACGUUCUGAGAGCCUCAUAGAUGCCAGUGAAGACAGCCAAUUAGAAGCGGCGAUACGUGCAUCCCUACAGGAAACCCACUUUGACUCUACAUCAACGAAGCAAACUUCUCAGUACGAGGAGGAGUCAGAUCCUGAGCUGUAUUCUGGCAGUGAAGAGUUCAUCUCUGUAUGUGGAUCUGACCAUGAGGACGAAGAUGGGACUCCUGUGGAAACAUUGCCAGAGCCAGAGACUUGCAGUAGUAAAGCCAAGAAGGCCACAUCUAAAAAUGCCAAUCACAAAAGAGAGCAGCAGUCAGAGCCUGUGGAAGACACGGCAGUGGAACCAGACUUUCCAAGCCAGCAUGUACACCUAGAAGAAUCUCCCAAAUCUCAGGCUGAACCUUGUUUAGAAGAACAUAGCAGCAAUCCAGAUCAUACAGAAGAUUGUGCUGAUAAUAACGGUGAGUACUAUACGCCUCUUGUUCUCAAAUUUGAUUUUAUACCAGGACACGUACAUAUGUUGGUAUGCAGUUUUCGUGGACUGCCAUGUAAUGCGCUCAAGAAAUUGUGCUUUCUGCACUCGCUGAUUGGAUUAUGA